AAGUAGAUCGUACUUGUGGUGGUCCAUCAGAGCCAGUAGUGUCUUAGUAAGCUUAUAUUGCAUUUUCACAGAUUUGAAAGUGGCCCAGAAGUUAAAUUUACGCUUUGGAUUUGAUUUACUUCUUUGGUGUUAAUAUUAUGGCAUCUGUUCGAAGAAUGAACUUAAGUCAUGCUCAACAGCAAAAACUCCUUGCUGAGAACAGAAGGAAAGAGAUUGCUCGGGAAGAUCAAUUGAAGCGAAUCAACCAGGAACGUGUUGUAGAGGCUAACAUGUCCAGUGAAGAAAGGAUAGAAAAUAAACGAUUUCUACGUAGACUUCACCAGGAAGCGACUGAAAGAGAAAUGGACGAAGGAAUCAGAAAACAACAAGAACAAAAGAUUCUUCAGGAAAGACAACAAGAACAGGAAGAAAGACUGGCCAAGGAGCUUGAAAGGAUGAAGUUAGAGAGUCUUCGAAAAGAGAAGCUGACGCAGCAGAUACGAGAAAAUAGUGUUGAAUUGAGGGAACUUGAAGCCAAAUUAAAAGCAGGAUUUAUGAAUCGUGAAAGAGCAGCUCAACUGGCUGAGAAGAGAGCCAUGGCACUUGACAGUAAGAAACGGGAUGAUGAAAUACAUGUUAAGAUGCAAGAGGAAUACAAGCGAGCACAAGAAGUGGAACGAGUGAAAGAAAAUCAACGCUGGGAAGAAAGUGUCCGUUAUCAGGAGCAACUUGAGAAGCAGCUGGCAGAAAAGGAGCGCCGCAAACAGGAGGCUUAUGAGGAAUUCUUGAAAGAAAAGCUCAUGAUUGAUGAGAUCGUGAGGAAGAUCUACGAAGAAGAUCAAAGGGAGCUUGAAAAUAGACUGCAGAAACAAUUGGCUACUCAGCGGUACAUUGAAGAGUUCAAGACGAAGCGAGCUGAGUGGAAAGCGCACGAGCGUCGUUUGAUGGAGGAGGAGAAUGAACGCAUUUUGGAGUUUGCAAAAGUGCAACAGCAACGGGAGGAAGAUAGAAUGGAGAAGAAGAAACAGCAAGAAGAGAGUAUGGCAGCUGUGCAACAGAAGCUUACAAAACAAAUCCAAGAAGAAACCGAGGCUAGGGAAGAAAUGGAAAGAAUUCGAACAGAGCUGUAUCUCGAGGAACAAGAGGAAAUGGAGAGACAGAAGGAAAAGAUGGCGAUUGAAAACAGGCUUCGCCAGCGGUUGGACUUGCAGAGCACGCGUAGACAGCAACUUGAGUUUAAGGAGAUGAAGCGACAAGCAGAGAGGGAAGAAGAAGACGAAUUUAGAAGAAAGAUGCUCGAGAAAUUCGCAGAAGAUGACCGAAUUGAACAAAUGAACGCUCAGAAGAGACGAAUGAAGCAAUUGGAACACAAGAAAGCAGUAGAAAAACUGAUUGAGGACAGGAGAAUUCAGUUCCAGAGGGAAAGGGAAGCAGAACUGGAGGCUCGUCGUGAACAAGAAAGAAUGGAGGAAUACAGGAGGCAAAUUAUUGAAAGAGAAAGGCAGAGGAUGCUGCAAGAACACGCGUCCAAACUUCUUGGUUUCUUACCUAAGGGUGUAUUACGUGACGAGGAAGAUCUUGAGUUGUUUGAUGAACAAUUCAAAGACGCAUACCGAGCAAGAAAAGUCGACUACUUUGAUGACGAUGACGACGGAAGUUAUUAAAGUUAACUUAUUGGGAAAUUACAGCAAUCGACCCAGAUUCAAAAGGAUUAUUAAUGUCAAACAAUGCAUAAAAAUUUCUUUCUCCAGAUAGUGUCCGUAAAAGGUUGAAAUUUUCGUGUUUUCAGAAUGGGAAACUUAUCGUAAAGCUUGCUUUGGUUUUUUAGUCAGUGUUAGAGACAUAUGCCUUAGGUGGUUAUGGAAAAGUAUAUCAAUUUGAAGCAGUUAGUUCAAAUGUAAAUAGCAUUGUUUAGCAUCUUUUGUAAUAAAUAUUUGAAACCAAAUUAUUUGUUUUUACAAAUAUAUUACGAACUAGAA